GAUACUAAUAGUGAGGUCAACGAUUAAAUGACCACACCCAUUAAGGCUCAGAGACGAAGCCAAUUUGUUCAGUAUUCCCGCCUAUUGUGAUUGAGGAGGGGAUUAAGUUACUUGUCUGAGCAGAGAUAGAGACUUCUGUAACUCGUCGGUGGCGAAACAUGAAAAAUGAUUACACGUCACAUCUAUUCUGUACCUCGUCAGUGAUGCCAUUACCAUUACUACACCCGUUUCCUCAUCUGUGCCGCUGCCAUUGACUGAGGAUAGGACUCGUUAGAUGCCACUACUAUACUUAAUUGACAAUGUCGCGUGUGGCACAAAAAAAAGUUGGAACAUACAAAAUUCAAGGGAGAGAUGUAAUAUAUGAAGUAGUAGAUGAAAGUUUAAAAGUUGGUUUUCGUUCUUUUGAUACAGCUGUAGUGUAUCGAAAUGAAGAAGAUAUUGGCUAUGCUCUGAAAAAUUUAUUACCAAAAUAUAAUCUUCAAAGGAGUGAUAUAUUUAUUACAACUAAGCUUUCACCAAGUGAACAUGGAGAUCCAAAAGGAAUAGAAAAGUCUGUGCAAAGAUCUCUUAAAGCACUUAAUACUACAUAUAUUGAUUUGUACUUGAUUCAUUGGCCAGGUGCAGCUUAUAUUCCAGAAAGUUCAACAAAUAAUCCAAGCUUAAGAGCAAAGACUUGGGAUAAAUUAGUAGAAUUGAAGAAACAAGGGUUCAUAAGAUCCAUAGGUGUAUCCAACUAUACAAUCAAACAUCUAGAAGAAUUAUUGCAGAAUUGUAAAGAUAUACCACCAAGUGUUAAUCAAGUUGAGUUGCAUCCACAUUAUCAUCAAAAAGAAUUAAUUAAGUACUGCAAUAACAAAGGGAUUCAUGUACAAGCAUAUUCUUCUUUAGGAACUAGUAGCAGUACUAAUCUUUUAAGAGAUCCAAUUGUCGUAAAAAUAGCUACUCAACUUAAUGUAUCACCAGCGCAAUUAUUAUUAAAUUGGGCUUUGCAACAAGGAAUUGGCAUCAUUCCCAAAGCUGUAAAGAAAGAACAUAUAAGGGAUAAUAUACAGCUAGAUUUUGUUAUUGAUGAAGAAAGUAUGAAAGCUUUAUUUUCUCUACCUCAACAUAAAUAUGCUUGGGACCCUUCCAAUGUGUAUUAGAUAGAUUAAAUGCAAAUAAAAUACAAAAAAAAAAA